CAGAGUGCCGAGGACUGCGAAGACACAACUGAACUCACACCCAAAUAGUUUUCCAGUUGUGUUAUACAUUUCAGUGAGUGCCUAAAGAGUAUCAGCAUAUAUAGCUCACAGAACAACAGCCUCCAGCUUUAAAGAAGAACAGAUGCAUUGGCUGUAGAUCCUGCUUUGCACUGUGAGUCUCUAGUGAUCCUCUUGUGAGCAGAGCACAGGAUGCCUUACCACUGUGUGGCCUAUGGAUGCGGCAAAACUGCAGAAGAUGGUGCGACGCUCUUUAAAUUCCCCAAGGACCAUGAGGAGUUUCGCAAAUGGGAGAAGCAGGUCCAGCGCACCCGCACUCAGUGGGUCGCCACACCCAACUCUCACCUCUGCAGCGAGCAUUUUGGCAGGGAGUACUUUGAGCCAAGAGCACCCACGGGGGCUCUGAAGCUAAAGCCAGGAGCUGUUCCCACAGUGUUCCUCCGUCCACACUGUCUCUCCUGCAAAGGAGUGGGAUGUAGUAGCUGCCUGCCAGCUAUCCAACGGCGGGGCUUUACAGCUGAACCAAGAGAGCGUGCUGUAAGUGCACCAUACAAUGAAAUGCCCUUUCAGUUUGAUGAUACUGAUGGAGGAGGUCAUGAAGAACAUCUGACAAGAGGAGUGACAAAGGCGGCGGAAAAAAACAGAGAAGAACGACCAGUGGUGUGUGAGAUGUGUGGCACCGCCGGCACUAGUAGCAGCUUCUUUUCAAAGACCAAGCGUUUCUGCAGUAUAUCUUGUUCACGCUCUUAUUCAUCAAACUCCAAGAAGUCCUCCAUAUUGGCACGUCUGCAGGGAAGGCCCCCCUCAAAAAAAGCCACGGUGCUGAACAGGGUGAACAAAGCCCCUCCAGCCCCCACAGGACAGGAUGCGCUGGCUGCAGGUUUUGAAUGGGGCGCCUACUUGGAGAAGGAAACAUCUCUGGCUGCAUCCGUGUCCUGCUUCAGACAUGCUCCCCUGUGUGCCCAGUGGGACGACAUCACGGUGGGGGUGAAGGUGGAGGUCCUGAACACAAACGCAGUCCUGCCCAGUAAAGUCUACUGGAUUGCUACUGUCAUCCAGAUUGCAGGAUACAAAGCCCUGUUAAGAUAUGAAGGCUUUGAGCACGACAGCAGCAAAGAUUUUUGGUGCAGCCUCGUGUCGGGAGAGCUGAACCCGAUUGGAUGGUGCGCCAUGACGAGCAAGCUGCUGGUGCCACCACAAGAUGUGAAGCAGGACAUCCCAGAUUGGAAGGAGUAUCUGAUGAAGAAGCUGGUGGGGUCCAGCACUCUACCUGUUGACAUCUACCUGAAGCUGGCAGAGAGCAUGAAGACCUCUUUCAGAAUAGGUAUGCGUGUGGAGGUGGUGGACCCCAGAUACGUGAGUCGGACCCGAGUGGCCACCAUAGACUCGAUUGUUGGUGGCCGUCUGCGGCUGGUGUACGCUGACCAAAGCGACGCCCCUGAAAACACAAUCUCUGAUUUCUGGUGCCACAUGUGGAGUCCCCUCCUGCACCCAAUUGGCUGGUCCAGCAAAGUGGGUCAUGCCAUAAAGGAACCUGCAAACAGUGUGGAAGCAGCUCACAGUGGUUGGAAGGGUAACUGUGACAGUUCACAUCUGCUUUUUAAGAAGCCCAGGUUUGUUUACAUGGAGGGAGGUUUCUUUGAGGAAGGAAUGAAGCUGGAGGCCAUUGACCCUUUAAACCUGGGAAGCAUCUGUGUGGCCACUGUACACAAGGUGCUGUUAGAUGGCUACCUGAUGGUGGGUAUAGAUGGUACCACAUCAAACAAUGGCUCUGAUUGGUUUUGUUACCAUGCCUCCUCUCAUGCCAUCCUUCCCAAAGACUUCUGUAAAAAGAACAACAUCCCUCUCACAGUACCUCCAGGUUAUGACCCUCAGACCUUCACCUGGGAUAAAUACCUGAAGGACACCGGGGCUACAGCUGCACCAGCACGACUGUUUAACGCUGACUACCCAGGUCAUGGCUUCUCCCCCAACAUGAAGCUGGAGGCGGUGGACUUGAUGGAGCCACGCCUAGUGUGUGUGGCCACCGUUAAGCGCUGCGUGGGCCGCCUGCUGCUGAUCCACUUUGACGGCUGGGAGGAUGAGUUCGACCAGUGGGUCGACCACCAGUCCCCAGACAUCUACCCCACUGGCUGGUGUGACCUCAUGGGCUACCAGCUCCAGCCGCCUCCUGGGCUCGUUGAUGUAGUGGAAAAUCAGGCGGUACAAAACAAGAAAUACAAGCACUUUGUGUAUGGCAAAAAAAAGAAGAAGAAUGCAAAGAAAAGGCUGUCUCAGGAGCAAGCUAAAGAUGAUGCUGGUCAGCAGCAACCCACGGUCACUAGCACUGAUGGUUCUCCAAGUCUCUGUCUUCCUCCAAAAAUGCCUCUUGUCCAGCCCAAAACUGAGCCAGAGGAGCGGGAGAUCUUUGCAGUGCAGGUGAAAGUGGAGGAGGUGGAGAUGGAGACCCCCAUUAAUCCUCCAGACAACUCUCCACAAGUCUCUCCGGGUAAAUUAAAACAGGAGGAGGGAGGGGAGGAGAGCGAGUCAGAGUCAGGACCACAUCACAGCUUGAAAAACAUAGCAAAUGAAAAUACAAAGAAGAGUGAAAAUGCAGCAGAAAGAAGUGAAGAGAGUGCAUCAUUGGAAGAGAGCUUUAGUGGUGAAAGCAACAUGGAGCAGAGUGAAAGCAAGCUGGACCAAGAGGAGAGGACCCGGGGAAAUGAUAGUGCCAUGGACGAAAUUUCAGAGCAGGACACGACAGGAGAGACUGUAGACAUGGAGACAUGAGAUGGGUAUGUCUGCUUAAGGAAUGAAGAGAACUGUGGAAAAGGUGGAUAAGCAAAAGAUUGGGCUGACUCUGUGAUGAAGUAAAGUAAGCCAUUAUGGGGAAUAAAUAACUGAAAUAAAACCACCAAAAAUGACUAAAUGAGACGGCAGGCUGAGCUCUUCAGAGCAAAUAAUAGAAGUGCUACAUGAGCUGGGAGAGUCAGUGCGACUUUUAUCUCUAGUGGUUGAUGGUGGUGAUCUUAAAAUUUUAAUCCUGGUUGAUUUGGCAGCAUGUCAUAGAUUUAGAAGCAGCGAUGGCUGGGCGAUAUGGAGAAAAUCAGACUGAUAUUUCAACAGUAUUGAAGGAUUGACCAUUGGUGCUUUCUCAAAAUACUUACACAAUGAGAUUUUUGAUAAAUAAUUAUUAGUAAUGUGGAUUGAACGGCUAGAACAGUCUGAUACAUUCAGAAAAUUACAUCUUCUUACUGUAAUGCAGCCUUUAAAACCAGGAAUACACUAACAAUAUUGCAAUAUCCCAAAUCUACGACGAUAUCUAGUUCCAUAUCAAGAUAUAGAUAUAAUAUCGAUCUGAUUUAAUUCUGCACACAGCGUGGCACUACAAACAUUUACUUAAUGCAGCUCUGACAGGCUGUCAGAGACUGAAAAGUAAACAGUAAGGCUGUUAUUAGUGUGAUAAAUUUACAAACUGUAAUACUAAUUUACAUACAUGCAUGUUUCCUGUAAAUCUCAUGGCCUUAAAUAGGCAAUUUGAGUCCAUAGCAGAAAUGGCGGACUCCGCCACCACCAAUAAAAAGUACUAUAUAGAGGAGUAAUUACAGAAUGCAGAUAUGUGUGAUGGCUAUUGCUGAAAAGAUAUUGGCCAUUAAAAGAAUUUUAAAAAGAGGGUUGUAUUUUCUGAAAAUGUUAAGAGUCAUGACUUUUAAGACUUUAACGUCAUGGUGCCAGAUGGGUUACAAAGACCAUUUCAGCCAUUCUACUUAACGGUGGAGUGUGCAGGAUUUAGGGGGAUCUAUUGGCAGAAACCUAAUUAUGUUUUCAGUGGUGUAUAAUCACCUGAAACCAAGGACCACUGCGUUUUUGUUACACUUCAUUUCUACAUAGGGAGCAGGUCCUCUUCCACAGAGCAUGCCAUGUUACACUGCCAUGUUUCUACAGUAGCCCAGAAUGGACAAACCAAACCACUUGCUGUAGAGAGGGCCUUUCACAUUAUCACAUACAACAUUACCAUGCAUGGAAAGAGAGCGGGGAGCAGAGGGGUAGUUGGUUCUGUAAUUCUGCAGCCUCCCUUCUAGAUGCCACUAAAUACUACAUACUGCACCUUGAAUUUAAAACUACCUCACCUUCUCCAUGUUGGCAAGCUCCACUAUACAAUGCGUGUGCAGAAUUGAUAGGUUUCUUUUGUUUUAGUUUAUAUGAGUUAUACCUAACAUCCAACCUGUAAAUAUGACUUUGAAGGUCAUUAGGUGACACAGCAGACAAACAUGUGUUGUAAUGUUUUAUUUUCUCCUGUUUUGUAUCCAGAUGUGUUCUUUUUUUGUAUGAAUAUAAAAUCGUUGAUUAAAAAAAAACAAAACAAAA